AUGUCUAUCAGCGGCAAGUGGUUUGUGCAAGACGGGACAUCCGGCGAUUUCCACUUCUUCCAUCCUGACAGCGACAAGCGGUUCCCUCCCUCCUAUGAGAAAGACCGGCUCCAAAUCUAUCAGGUUCUGAACCGGAUCGCGACGGGGGGUUUCGGGACAGUGAGCAGAGUGUUGCGGGUGUUUGACGGGAAGAUUUUAGUGUGGAAGGAGCUGAACUACUCGAGGAUGAACAAGAAGGAGAGGAGGAUGAUGAUCACCGAGGUGAAUAUCCUGCGGGAGGUUGACCAUGCGCACGUGGUGAAGUACUACGACACGAUCAUCUUGCGAGACGAGCAGAAGAUCUACAUCAUCAUCGAGUACUGCUCCAACGGAGACGUGGGCGCCAUGAUCGACCGCUGCAAGUCGAAGAAGUCUCGGAUGGAAGAGGCUUUCAUCUGGCGGGUCUUGUCGCAGAUUCUUCAGGCCUUGCAGUCUUGUCACAAUCGUGAGGAGAUCAUCCUUCACCGCGACCUCAAGCCUGCCAACAUCCUCCUCGACGACGCUUACAUGGUCAAAGUCGCUGACUUCGGGCUGGCUGCUGUUGUCAACUCCGACUCCAUCGCGAGCUCCAAAGUCGGGACGCCGCUGUACAUGUCGCCCGAGCAGAUCUCGGGGGCAGGCUACACGGCUAAGUCAGACAUCUGGUCGUUGGGGUGCAUCGUCUACGAGAUUGCUGCUCUUCGCCCGCCCUUCGACGCUCAGAACCAGAUGGAGCUCGCUCACUUCAUCCGCGAGGGAAAGUUCUCCCGCAUCCCCGACCUCUACUCCCCCGACCUCCACCGCGUCAUCUGCUGGAUGCUCCAGCAGGCCCCCAAGAGCCGCCCGUCCGCCGACGAGCUGCUCUCCUAC